AUGUCUUCCUCACAGUCACAAGAUGUCGCUCCGGACCAAAAGGCACAGCUAGAAACUGACGGGAAGAAGAACGCUUCGACCGACGUGAUUUCCAUUGCCGAGAGUUAUUCGUCGGAGGACACCAUCGACGACAAUGUCGAGGAACUGGGAAAAACUCUGACAACACGGAUGUCUCGAUUGUCAGAGCCCUCACUGGCACGGAAAGUAACAUCGGUUCGAACGAACGGCACGACGGAUCCCAGCUACGAAGUCGACUGGGAAAGUGAGGAGGACCGGGAAAAUCCCAAGAAUUGGCCUGUGCCGUAUAAGGUUAUGUCGGUGACGAUGCUGUCAUGGAAUACUUUGAUCAUUGUGCUCUAUUCAACAUCAUAUACGGCUGGAACGGCCCAGAUUGCAGAAUAUUUUGGAACGUCUCAGAUCAUCACCACGCUCGGUCUGACCUUCUACCUGAUCGGUCUCGCUUUCGGGUCCAUGUUCAUGGCCCCCCUGAGUGAAGUCUACGGCCGAAAGCCUGUUUGUGUGGGUUGUCUGACAGUCUUCACCCUGAUGAUCAUUCCAUGCGCCCUGGCCACAUCAAUCACCGAGCUGAUCGUUGUCCGCUUCGUCGGUGCCUUCUUCGGGAGUGUGAUGAUCUCCACAGCUCCUGGAAUGGUUGCCGAUCUCGCGACUGACCAGAACCGAGCCUUGUAUAUGUCCUUUUGGAGUAUUGGCCCUCUGAACGGCCCUGUGGUUGGACCCAUCAUUGGAGGCUUUGUGACGCAAUAUCUUGGCUGGAGAUGGAUGGACUGGAUCGGGUUGAUCUUGUCCGGUAUCGCGCUGGCUUUUGCUCUGAUCAUGAAGGAGACCUACGGGCCUGUUCUGUUACAGAGAAAGGCGGCUGAUAUGCGCAAGACGACCGGCGAUUCUCGCUGGUGGAGCCGAUACGACCAAAAGGCCAGCGUGGUGGAGGUCUUGAAAAUCAACCUGAGCAGACCGUUCAUCAUGGCCGUCACGGAGCCGAUUUGCAUUUUCUGGAAUAUAUAUAUCGGAAUCGUUUACUCCAUUCUAUACUUGUGUUUUGUCGCGUAUCCCAUCGUCUUCGAGGACAUUCGCGGCUGGUCGACCGGUCUCUCCGGCCUUGCAUUCCUGGGGAUCGGUAGCGGGUGUCUCAUCAUGAUCGCAUGCGAGCCUUUGAUCCGUCGUAUGAUUAACAGACACAAGGUCGAUCCUGAAACCGGCUCGGUGCCCCCCGAAGCCAUGGUCUCCAUCAUCUGUGUCGGCGCCGUUUUGAUCCCGAUUGGUGAGUUGUGGUUUGCCUGGACGUGCUCCCCAGCCACGAUCCACUGGAUUGUGCCCAUUAUUGCCGGCGUGUUCUUCGGAGCAGGAAACACAGCCGUCUUCAUCUACUCGUCCAACUACCUCACUUAUAGCUAUGGCGUGUAUGCCGCCUCUGCCUUGGCCGGUAAUUCGGUCAUCCGGAGUGUCUUGGGCGGCGUGCUCCCCCUUGCAGGCUCAUACAUGUAUGCGGCAAUCGGCGCUAACUGGUCCGGUACGCUUCUGGGAUUGUUAGAAGUUGCCAUCAUCCCGAUUCCAGUGAUCUUCUAUCUGUAUGGAUACAAAAUUAGACAGAAAAGUGCUCUCAUCGUCAAAAUGCAAGAGGAUAAGAGGAGACUGGAAGGGAAACGGAACCGACGAAUGCAACGAGAAGCAGAAAAGCAGGCAGAGGAAGUAUAG